GAAUUGAAACUUCGCAACCAGAAAGAUCAAAUUCAAAGAUGCGCUGUGAAAUUGUUUGCCUCUUGUUAUUGGCUGUGAUUUCUUCCGUUUACGCCACGUCACCAGUCGAUGGCGGCGAACCGCAGCGGUUCCUCUACGUGGGAACCACGACAGUCACUUCGACUGUGAGCACCAGCACCACCUGUACAACGUCGACGGCUGCUCUGACCACCUGCACCAUCGGCCGUCGUCGCCGCGGUCUAUUCUACGACGAGGCCCAGUCUUCCGGUCGCAACCGGCGCGGACUCUUUUACAACGACGAGGAGGUCCACAACGGGCAAACGGCCUUCCUGCCUAUCGAGAAGAAGGCCAGCAGUAACGAUCCAGUUGCGGAAGUUGUUCAAGUGCUUCCCAAAUCUUCCGGUACAGCUGUCCCAUUGGUAAUUGAAUCUGGUUUCUCCGCACCUGAAGGAGGUCCCGAUCGUUUUUUACUUCAAUUGGCCGUGUCGACCGUCACCAGUUACACGACCACGACCACGACCACCAGCUUGACGGCCUUCUGCAGCAGCACCACUGGUUGGCCGCUGUGUGGAAAUUUUGGCAAAUAAAAAUUGUUAUUCAUGUUGGCUUGAAACUGUAUUGGUUUACUCAAAUAAUAUGACUAAAUUUCUGAUUUUUUCCUUGACGAAUUUCGCAAUUGUUUUCAAGUGUCUUUUGUUUUUCGAUCCAUUCGGGGCGGAUGGGUUUGCGGGAUGAUAUUAAAUUGUGUCCUACUUUUGUAGUCCGUGUUUUAUUACACGAAUAGGAAUACAUGGGUAUUAAAUUUAA